GGCUUUGGUCACUGACUCGCGCGUGCCGGAGUCGCUGGAGAGAACCAUUUGGGUCCCAACCCCAACUAUAAAAGGCGAUGGUCGCCUUUUCCUUGGCCUGUGUUUACGCAAAGAAUCCUGGAGGUUGCCCGAGGCCAAAUUUUGUUCUAUAAGAUUUGGUGACGUCAGUUUUAUCAGUUGAUAGAUCUUUCGCGGUGUUAAAGGACUUGUAGUUGCUGAUCUUUUUCUAUAUUAGGAGAUGGCAGAGGAGGGUCACAGGGUUAUCUUAAAUGUGUAUGACCUCAGCCAAGGAUUGGCACGUCGGCUUUCCACAACGUUUUUGGGUAAAGCUAUUGAGGGCAUUUGGCACACAGGAGUAGUGGUAUAUGGUAAUGAAUACUAUUUUGGAGGAGGCAUACAGCAUGACUCUGCUAGAAGAACUCCAUAUGGAACGCCAAUUAAAGUGGUAGAUUUGGGCAUCACACAUGUACCACAAGAUGUAUUUGAAUUGUAUUUGCAGGAAAUUAGCCCCCGCUAUGCAGCUGAAACAUACAGUUUGCUUACUCACAACUGCAACAACUUCAGCAAUGAGGUUGCACAAUUUUUGGUGGGUGCAACCAUUCCACAAUAUAUUCUUCAGCUCCCUAAUGAAGUUAUGCGCAGUCCAAUGGGUGCUCUUAUAAUGCCUAUGAUGCAAAAUCUGGAGACAACAUUGAGAGCAGGAGCUGUCCCACAAGCUCCACAAUUCAGGCCUCAGCCUUCACCAGCUGCAACAAAUGUUAAGAAAUCCAGAGUUAAUGGUCCUAGUCCAUCCACAAACAAAGUUGUCAGAGCGACCGAUGAAGUUGUUAAAUCUGAAGACACCAAGUCUAAGGAGCGAACAACGUCAGAGAAGUCAAUACCUCGUGCUGUCAAGCCUUCUGCAGCAGUAGAGAAGCAGUCGGUUAAUGGCGUUGCAGCAGACCCUAUUGGGGAUGCUCGGAGCAAGGUGCAGGAGGAGAUCGAUCGUGAAUUUGCUGCAAUCAAGGCUACUGGUACACUGCAUGCAAGUGAAGCUGCGGCUCUUGCAACUAGGAGAGUGAUGCAAAGAUAUGGGAAUUUGCAUUGAAUCUGAGUUAGAAAUUAUGACAGCAAUUGACUUCAGACAGUGGUUUUGAUGUCAUAUCCAUCAUAACCUGUUGAAUGUGUUACUGCUGCAAAUUAUGACUCUGCUCAAUAUGAACAGAGAAAUUAAUAUAUCACACUAUCUAUUUCUUCUAUUACAUAAAGAGGAAGGAAAAUACACAUUAGGAAA